AUGGAUCCGAUGAAGGUCUUCGUCAGCAAGAGAGUGUCCGAAGAAGAGGAUAGGGUUUUGCAAAAACAUUUGUAUACAAUGUCCGAUGCUCCUUCCACUUACAAGGAACAUCUUCUACAGCUCCAGACUGAGUACAACCGAGGUAGCUUGUGCGGUGCUGUCGAGUCAACCGUCCAGAGCGUAAAGCAUUUCAUCCUUCUAGCUCGAUCCAACGGUGACGCCAUAUCUGCUAAGGAAGCUUAUGCUACCGUAUUGUCGAGGGUGACUGAUGUCAUGGCAUCUGCACGAGGAGUUAUUCGCAUUGAGCCUGACAUCGUGUCGAAUUCUGAUGCACCGUCAGCUGAGUUUGCGGAGACAAGAAUUCAGAAAGUAUUUGACGUAUUCAGAUGCAGUGUGGUUAGGCUGCACGAUAUGUGUCGCGAGAAGGAAAUUCGCAGCAAUCCCAACGGUGCCGUACUACAUUAA